GGACCUGAUCUGAACCCCGUCCCCGCGUCAGAGGGCCGGUGAGGAGCAGGCUGUCUGUUGGAGGCUCAGUGCAGCAGCUGCUGCGGCUUUAAGCCCGUUUGGGAUGGGCUCCUAUCAUAACGUCAUUUCACUUCUCUUUCUUUUAUUCUUCGCCCCCUCAUCUCCUUCCUUCUGGAAACGACACCGUGCCCCGUGCUCUCCACAUAAUGACUAUUCACAACUUUCUCCGUGUUUUUCUCCCCGCGAAGCAUUUCUGCGGAGUGUCAACUUUUCUGUCGCGUCAUCGUUUGUGGAGUUAACGCGGCGGUCAUCCGAGGCGACCGGAGCUCUCUAUUGGGACCGUUCAAAUAGCCGCCGGAGCAGUCCGGGACAUGCAGCGCUUUCUUUAACCCGGAGGUACAGCUGCCGAGCCGACUCAGCGGGAAGAGCACGGGAAAUGUGCAGGAAGUAACGGCGGGAUGUUUCCGUUAGCGCCGAGCCCGGUGUGAUUCCUCCCGUCAUGUUUUCUCCUCUCGCGGUGGCUCAGGAUGAAUUCCAUCCGUUCAUUGAGGCUCUGCUGCCCCAGGUCCGUGCCUUUGCCUACACAUGGUUCAACCUCCAGGCCAGGAAACGGAAGUACUUCAAAAAGCAUGAGAAAAGGAUGACUAAAGAAGAAGAGAGAGCUGUCAAAGAUGAACUGCUGGGAGAGAAGGCAGAGGUGAAACAGAAGUGGGCCAGCCGUCUUUUGGCCAAGCUCAGAAAGGACAUUAGACCUGAAUGCAGAGAAGACUUUGUCCUGUCAAUCACUGGGAAGAAAGCUGCGUGUUGCAUCCUGUCAAACCCGGACCAGAAAGGCAAAAUGAGACGCAUAGACUGUCUCCGACAAGCUGACAAGGUGUGGAGGUUGGACCUGGUCAUGGUCAUCCUGUUUAAAGGAAUCCCAUUGGAAAGCACAGAUGGAGAGCGGCUGGUCAAGGGAGGACAGUGCACCAAUCCAGUCCUCUGUGUCCAGCCCAGACACAUUUCUGUGUCUGUCAAAGAGCUUGACCUCUACCUCGCUUACUAUGUGCAAGAGAGAGAGGCAGAACAGAGCAGUAGUCCCAUUCGUACAGGAGUGGGUUCUGAUCAGGAGGACAGUCAAACCGCCACUAUGGAUGGUCCAGAGUACAAGGAGAGUUUUGUGACAUCGGGGGUUUUCAGUGUCACUGAGCUGGUCCAGGUCUCAAGAACUCCAGUCGUAACAGGAGUGGGACCUAGUUUCUCUAUGGGGGAGCUCCAGGGUCAUCUGGCUUACGACCUCAACCAUUCUGUCAACCAGCCAGUCAGCCUCAGACGAUCACUGGCCAGCACCUCAUCCAGCGGGAGUAAGCGUCAUAAGUCUGGCUCUAUGGAGGAAGAGGCUGACAGUCCAGGAGGGGAGUAUUACCACUCACCUUCCUCUCCUGCCAGCAGCUCCAGGAACUGGACUGAUGACAUGGAAGGAGGUCUGUCUCCUCCAGUGAAGAAAGCAGAGCUGGACAGUCCCUCUUCCCAGGAAGACUCACCAAGACUGGGCUCAUUCACUCAGCACCACCGGCCAGUCAUAGCUGUUCACAGUGGUCUGUCUCGGAGUCCCCACCCCUCGUCAUCUAUUAGUUUCUCACCUUCGUCCUACUUCCCCCACGGAGCGAUCCGCUAUCCUCCUCACCUGGCCCAGGACCCCCUCAAAGAUCUGGUCUCAUUGGCCUGCGACCCUGCCAAUCAAACCCCAAGCUCACUGAAUGGCAGCAACCAAGGGAAAGUGCCCAGUCACUACAUCUCUUCUCAGAUGUUGGCUCCCCCUGGACCUGCACCCUCCCUGGCUCCUCCUCCAUCCUCCUUACCCAGGCCGACUCUGCCUGCAGAGUCAAAGGCCGCGAGCACUUCUUCUGACUCCCCCACAUCACCCAUCUUGGUAUCUGGGCAACUGAGUGAACUGUGGAGGAAAGCUGAUUGUCAAAGCAGCACCGUCCUGGGGGAAAGGAAGCGAUGCUGUCAUGACAUUACCAGAGGAAAAAUAUAUUCAUCUUUGUAGAAGUAUAACAUGUGGUCAUACAUAUAUAUAAAUAUACAGUGUAAUAUAUUUGUAUAUCUGUAUGUACCCAGAAGAGACAGAUUGGAUGGAAGAAGGAUGCUGCUCUUACUCAGCCAUGUUGCAGACACAGUUAACUAUGCCAUGGGACACUAAAUAGUUCUCACAAAUGGCCACUGGUGUUGAUUUUCAGUGGUUAGUGGACAUGAACUCAGACCAUAACUAGGCCUCAACACACCAGAUCCCAAGAAACCUGCAUCCCAAUUGUGUUCCUAGGAUGAGGCUGUGUCCCUGGAAUGGAUGUCAGCCUUCAACCCCCUACCCUGGGUCUCUGCUGUAGAUCCAGUGCAAGGCCUCCUCCCUGGGACAGACCUCAUACCCCCUUAACACCCAGAAUGCCCAUCUCCGCUGCAGGUGCUGCUUAUAAUGUAUAUGCAAAUAAGCCUCAAUUUUUUCUGAACCCACUAGAAAGAGAGAUCUUGUUGUAUGUAAUGUUUCUUUGUACUUUUUAAUGUGUUAUAGAUACAACGGAAGACCAUUUUGAGUUGAAACUGAGCAUUUUCUGUCUCUCCCCACCCAACGACAGAGGCUUUGUCUUUUUUAUUGACAAUCAUUAUGUUGCUUUGCUAAGCUCAUGUGUUUAAGACUGUUUGAAUAUGCUUGUGUAUCAUAAAACAAGUAACAGUGGUAUAGAAGAGCUAUAUUCAUGCCUCCUCAAACACAACACACAGUGCUACAGUUGAACACCAGUGGUACCGGAACCAGGAGAGGCCGUGGUUAGCUCCUUUAGAUGCUCAUCAUGACAGUAUUGCUUGGAGGAGACAUGCACCGGCCUCUGAAACCUGGACCAUGUGGCAGCAGUAGACUGGCUGCUGAUCCCAAUGUGUUUGAAACUGUAGCAUUGUGUGUGGGCGUGUGUGUCAGAUUGUGAGUAUGGUUCCUAUAUUUACACCCUCAUCCCUGCUGUGUUUUGAGAUGGUUUGUGUCUCAGAGAGCACAGUGUCGGGUUUGUCCCAUGAGAUCAGAAAGAAAUACAGCAGGCAUUGCACUAGGAUUAAGUCCAUGAUGGUUCUCUUGUAGAUGUGAUGCGUAUGGUUCUGACUGACUUGGAGUUACUUGUUCAGCUUCAGCAUGUUCUGGUCUGCAGCAGUAGGUUUGUGUUGGGAUUCAGAUGAACUGAAGGACAGUGUGGUGGUUGGUUCCCAUUCCAACCUUGAUGGUUUACCACAGGCAGCAAGCAACAAGUCAAGUAUUUCAAAUCACAACCUAGACACAUGAUUUGGAUAAUGACAGUGCUUUAAUGAGGCAAAGCAAUAUUCUAGCUUUUGAAAGAUUCAUUCAGUCAAUAAUCUUUUGAAAGACAUUUAUUCGCUUAAAAUCGUACAUGCUGCAUUUUAACUUAGAGUUUGAAUCCUCUAAGUAACAAAGAGAGAGAGAGAUGUCUGUGCAGUCGACAGCAACAACUGUGUGUAAAUAUAAAAGCAGAAUCAAAGGAUAAAAUCUAACAUUAUUGAUAUUUGGCUGUAAAAGUCAAUGCAUACACCCUGGCCUUUCGCCAUUUUGUACACCAUCUCUUUGGAGAUGAAAAAACUGAAUAUACAUUUUUAUAUUAUGUGCCAUAUUUUAAUCUCCAAGGCUUUGCAACUAUAAAGCAGUUCAUUUUAAUCAAUUUGCAAUAUUCACAUGAAUUCGACCUCUAGUGUUUUUGCGGUCCGAAGACAUUAUCAGGUGUCCUCCAUUUGCCUCACAAGAUGAAAUGUCUUCCGAGGGCCAAACCAAAGUUGAAAUGCAAUAAUUCCUACUGAAGUCUGAGCAGUGGAUCUGAUGUACAGUCAGAGAAGAGUAGAGGGGUGUACUAUCAGUGGAAAUAUUGGAUUCAUACAACAGUUUCACUCAAGGGAAAUAAUUCAUCUUUCCAGGUGGAAGGCAGACAUCUGUGGAAGCUGCAACCCGCUGUAGUAAAAGAUAACUGCCCCCUAAGGUUCAAAUGGAACCAGCUGCACACAGCAUGUAGCAACCAGAGAGGGGCUGUGGGAAUCACCAGAAACACCCUUUGCUUUUUAAAUGUUACUGUCAAACUGUGUGAUUGUUUUUUCCACUUACACAAAAGGAUCUCCACGUGAUUGUGUGCUGCCUAGGACCUGAGUAAUUCUGCUGACUCGACAUGCACUCGGGCCGUGUCUACAGUGUGGUGUCUUUUCUUUCCCAGGGGAAGUGUCAGAGUCUGCGAGGGCUUCAGAGUUUACACUGAAGCUGCUGAUGUGAGCUGUUUGGUAGGGCCAGGUUUAAGGUUUGGUUAAGGUUGGCUUAAAGCUGAUGUAUACUGCAUGGUGAUGCCCUAAUGAAUGCAUGACUCCAACUAAUGAUCUCUAUCCCACUCUUACUCCUCCUCCCCUUCCUCCUUCUUUUCUCUGUGUUACAUCUGAAGACAAUGGAUUGAAGGGCUGUCUAUGUCUUUAGAUUUUGAUAUAGCGCCAUUAUUAAACUUCUAUUUUGCACGAUAUUUCAUGUAAUACAUUAUGUGCCUUGCCUUUAGUUAAAUAACAAUAGUGAUGUACUUUUCAUGAUACAGCUGGUAGCACUUAGAAAACAAUAAGGAAUCUAACAUAUGCUGGGGAAAGAUAAGUCAGACAUUUAGGGAAUUCCACAUGUUUGCUGUCAUACUCAGAGUUUCAUGAGAAAGAUGAUAUCUCGGUCAUUCCAGCGUCCAGCAGCCCACACACAGCAGGCAUCCCAACCCUGGCCCCUAUUAUCUCAGCUUAAGGUUCAUUCACUGCAUUCGGCCUCAUCUCACAGAUGAGUCGGCUCUGGUGGCAUUCAGGGACGGAACUUUGCUCUGCUGAAAACAAGAGGUCACAUACAGGGGAGAUCUAAACCCAUAUCCGGGUUCCAGGAAGGCAUCAGUGGUUAGGCUCUGCCUUCCAGAUACUGUAUCACAUGACGAGGUUCUAUACCUUUAUCAUGGGACAAGUGAACCCUCCCCAUGACAGCUGAGCAAACUCUGUUACCAAGGUCAGGAGUGACCUGGACACAUAGAUGUGUCAUCAGCUUAGUAACAUUAGAAAAGAACGCUAGCACCCAAAAUCAUGGACUGUUUCUUUAAGAGGUGAUUUUUUUUUUUAAUGACAAUUAUCCCGCCAUAACAAUGAUUGUUGUUCUCAUAGAGCUGAUGUGGUUUAGUAGCUCAGCUGUUUCAAAGUUAACAUGAUGGCUCAUAGGUGUGUGGGGACAUCUAGAGUGAACUGGAUGUGUAUUGUUGCUAAUUGGGGAUGCCAGUGUGUUGUGAAUUAAACACUAUCGCGGAGUAUAGUUUGGCUACCUUGUAUCUCAAAAUAGCACUUUGCAAAAGCAAAAACGUUGGUUCUGAAAGGGAAGUCGGUGGUUAAGUAUUAACUAAUUGUUCUAAUCCAGUUUUAAUAUUAAGUAUUAAACACACUGAUAGUAUUCAUUGCAGAGAAAAGUCAAUAUAAAGUUUUUUUGUUAUUUGGCCACAAGAACACCGUCCAUUAGCCGGCAUGACUUUAACCACAAGUUACUUCAAACACAAUAUAUAUGUCUAUUAUAUGCAUGCACUUAACAUUAUUACUGUGUGUGAGUUUGAGUAUGUGUGUGUGUGUGUGUGUGUGUGUGUGUGUGCGUGUGCGUGUGAUGGUGGCCAAGUCACAGCAAGGUGCAAUGAAAUGUGUAACAUUGUGGGUGGGCUUCUUGUAAAGGUGAGCCAUGUCAGGGAUGAUGAAUGCUUGUAGUGGGAAAGAGACACAUUUGGAAGAUUGAUAGGUGAUGGACCUCAACGUUAUGCUGAUAAGCAAUUGGGGCUUUGAUUGGGAGGAGUACAACUGGACCCUACCAGACCUGGCUGACUCAGGUCCUGAGUCAGGUUUUGGAUUUCCGUGGACCUGCAAAUACCUCUUAUGAGGAGUUCUGUGAUAUUUGAUAAGCCAAAAUCAAAAGUGCUUUGUAAAUGACCACAUUAAGGAGCUAUCCCUACAGAUGUACACCUGACACUAAUGUUUGUCUUUUCAAAGUUCAAUUCUCAAAUCUUUGCACUCCCUAUUUCUAUCAAAGUAAAGUCCUAAAUAAUAUAACUAUUGUGAUACAUCCAAGACUGUAACCAGCAACACCAGGUAUGGAUCAUGUGGCUGCCACAAACAGCAGGAUCAAUACAUUUAACGGGAUGGACACAAUCAUAAAAGGCUGCACAAUUCAACACAAUCAAGCUCAACAUUGCCAUGCAUUUAAAACACCUUUCUGGGAACAAGUGCAACAGUGAUGUAUAUUGUAAGGCUGCUGUUGCGGUUGCUUUGUGGGUGAUGGCCACGAAUACUGGGCACAUUGUACUUUAAGAAUCUCAACACUGCUUCAUUGUGUCUUGCAGAAGCUUUGCUUGUAGCUAAGAAGAUACAUUGAUUUCAUUUCUAACCCUGGACUUGUAGAGAUGAUGUUUGUAUUGUUCCUGGCUGUCAGGAGAGGUGUUGAAGCAGGUAUGAAGUGUGAAGCCUCCUCACUUUGAUUCUACUAUCACUGAUAACAGUCAAUGCACAAGGAAAGUGAAGUGUUUCCUACAUGACAGCAUGAAAACAAAUCCACAGUGCAGUGGGAUGUCUCUUCAUUCCAUUCUACAAAAUGUACUGAAUAGAGACAUUUGAUUAUUAUAAAUGAAAGACAUACAGUAAGCCCAGGCCUCUACAGUUUACCAAGCACACUCUGACAAGGUAAAGUAGCCUGCAGCUCUCAGUUGUGUUGCAGUUGUGCAAUAGUCCAAUGUAAGAAUUAAUAUGGAUCAACUUCAGUGUGUUCAGGACACCUCAAGUCAAAAGUGUGCUGAGAUGAGAAUGUGUUCCUCACAACACUGAACGUGGAAAGGAAAUAAUGUGCUCUCUUGGGUCAAAGAACAUCACACCAUCCCUUUCUCUGCUCUAGUCAAAUAUACUAGCAUGCAAACAGCAUGGACAGAGAAUGACAGUGCCUAUCAUUUCACUGCUAGUUUGCUCUUAUUAAAGAUGAGUGCUUUGCCGUAUGUGUUGUGUUCAAACACAACGUGGUCGUGUGACACACUUCAGCCCUGGGGUUGGUGCUCAUCACCUGGCCACUGGUCCUGAGGUAACAAGCCAUAAACAACCCAAAGAGUUGAAGAACAUCUAGAGACCAGGAUUCAUGUUGCAUGGUUCUUCACAUGUCAGAGUUGGAAAAGCUUUAUUCCCUUGUAUUGUGCUUUCAAUGUCACAGCUGUUGUUAAUGCUAUUACAGUGUAUUUUCCUACUAUGACAAUACAAACUAUCUAUUUGAAAAAGGGCUGCUGCUGACAUGAAAAGGAUCAUUACAUUAUUAUUACACACACAAUAGUAAUUGUAUAAUACAUUGUUGCAUCAUACUAAUUUGUUACUUGGAAUGUAUUUUAAGAUUAUUUUUUGGGACAGAGACAGGAAGUGGCUAACGAGAGAUGGGGAAGUAUAUGCAGCAAACGGUCCUUCAAGCAAGGCCGGCUCGCUGCUCGGGCAUUUGUGCAUUUCUUAUAUUCAAGGUUGCAGUUGGCAGCCAAAGCAUUAGACUAAAGAGAUGCUAAGCUUUAGGGGAAGUAGGGCAAUGGUGCUUAGUAUUGGUCAGUUAUAUUCAAAACACAUUUAUAUCAAUAGUUCAUUCUAAAUAUCAUAUUAACUAGUAAACAAUAUGGGUGUGCCAAAUAACAACUCAGUAUAAUGCACAAUAUAACACAAAAAGAGACUCCUAGAGGCGAUCGCACACUCAAAAUCGGGUCAGGGGCAUAACGUGGGCUCCAAUGGCCCCUCCCCCACUUCCUACCCCGCUACUUUUGGCCUUCACACACAUCUUUGAACCUGGCCUUCAUUUUGUUCUGAAUAUAACACCUGUAAUGUUUUGUGACUCAAGAGGCGACCUCCUCUCAGGUAGUCCUGUUACAGGAGGUGUCACCUGGCAAAAUGCUCUAGACCUCCUCUCAGGUAGUCCUGCUACAGGAGGUGUCACCUGGCAAAAUGCUCUAGACCUCCUCUCAGGUAGUCCUGCUACAGGAGGUGUCACCUGGCAAAAUGCUCUAGACCUCCUCUCAGGUAGUCCUGCUACAGGAGGUGUCACCUGGCAAAAUGCUCUAGACCUCCUCUCAGGUAGUCCUGCUACAGGAGGUGUCACCUGGCAAAGUGCUCUAGACCCCCUCCCAGGUAGUCCUGCUACAGGAGGUGUCACCUGGCAAAGUGCUCUAGACCUCCUCUCAGGAGGUCUUGCUACAGGAGGUGUCACCUGGACCACACUUUGCCAUGAUGACACACACAAAGACUCACAAGGUUUAGCAAUACUAUCAUUGGCGUUGCAGCUUGUAAUUAUGCAUAUAAACAUGCAGUGUGUAGUUAGUUAUUAUUUACUAUUUAGCCUUUCAUUUAGCAACAGUUAGUUAACUAAGCAUCUGUCGGAUCAAACUAUUAGAUACUGGUUCAUUAUUAUCUUCUUUACAAUCCUUGAUUUAUUCAGGAGCUAUUAGUUAACUAUGCAUUCAUUAGCACUUUCUCAUUUCAUCCUUACUGGUUGAGUACCUUACAGUUUAUUGUUACUACCACACCUUUAUGGAGCCAGUGUGUUUCAUGCAGUUGUCAGUAUCCCCAGUGUUAAUAACGUAACCACUGGAUCCACCUGAUAGUGUGUUAAACUUGGUUGAAGCUGCUAAGAUGACAUGAUUGUAGUUUUUGCCCUGAUGGCAGGUUACGAAAUAUGCACUCUAGGAAUUCAAAGAUCUUUUAAAUUGUUAGCUAAUUGGGGAUUAACAUGUUCCCUCUAGAUUUUUCUCUACUCUAUAAUACAAACCAAGUGCUGUUCUGACCGCUGUUAGCAGAGAAUAACUAGAGCAUGUUUCUGUACAACUCCUGUUAAGAUGCAUCAUAUAAACAUCACAACUGUAUAAUCAUUGUGAUUUGCUGGUUACGGUUGGUGUUGUAAGUGUAACUGUAAGUGUAACAGAACUGCAAAGGGUGAUUCCUACUUGUGAGCUCAGCAGCUGCAGGUGAUCUGUAGCUGAAUGAUAUGUAAGGACAACGGGCGUCUACACAAUUGCAUUUUGUGGGAUUGGGGCAUGUUUUCAUAGAGGGCUCUUUUCUAUCACUUAAUAAUGUAUUCAACAGUCUACUCUACUGCUGAUGUUGCCUGACAACCUAGUAACUCCAAUAUAUAUUUCUUUUUGAUAUUUCUAAUUGAAUUGUAUUUUUUUAUUGGCCCUUCAAACCCCUUUCUGUAAUUCAGACUUACAACAGUUGGAAAACCUCUCUUUAGUUACUGAAAAUCUGAUUUUGUAGUGCUACAAGUUUCCUGUGAUAGUGAUGCCAUAUUGAUUCCUUUCUGUAUCUGCAGGUACAUUACUUUUGCACACUGUAUACUCCAUGUGCUGAAGACAGUUUGUUAUGAACGAAACAGUUGUUUCUCAGAGAACAUUUUAAUGCAGUCUCAUAUUUCUCAUAAUUUUUCCAGAUAUUAUAGUAAAGGACUGCUUUGCUUGCUUCCAGAUAUAUAUCCCUUACAUCAGAACAUAGGCAUUAACAGAUUUCAUAAGUUAUUGCAUGAACAUGAGUCCAGGACCACAGUCCUUUCACAUGAACUGUACAUCAGGGUAAUAUUUUGUUUUUUCCUAUGGAAUACCAACACAAAAUCUUUGGUAAUCAAUACCUCAAAAAAAUAGACACCGGUGAAGUUUAUUAUUUUAUAUAUUGGAACCUCAGAGUGCAUUAUCAUACCAUGGACACUUCCCAAAGAACAAGUAAAAAAGGACUAUGCCACAACUUUCUUUUCUAACUUGAAUAAUUAAUUGACACCUGACAGACAAUACACAGUAAUACAUGACUUGGUAUCCCAAUAUAAGAAAAUGAUAGAUGGGGAAGAGGUUAUGUGUGCUUCUUAAGUUCCAGAUUGGUAGAGGGGCUGCUGCUCUGGGCUGGAUGUAGUUUUUAGCAGUUUUGACAACAGCUUUAAGUACUUUUUCCUGUGGAUGUAUUCAGGUGGAGCCAAUGUCAAUAAUCAACUUUUAUUUGCAUGAAGUAAACUGUUCUUAGACUGCAUUUGGACAGGGAAAGGAAAUGUUUAACACUGUGGCAUCACUAUGUCUUCUCACCGAUAUCUAAAUUAAAAUCAUGAGGUGUUUCUCAAAGUCAAGGCUCCAAAUCGGUGGACAGGAAAUGUGUGUGUUUCAGGAGGAUACAGACAUGCAUGCUUGAAAAGCCUCUGAGCAAAGUGUAGUGACAAAACUAUUUAAAUAAUGCUGAAAUAACAAACAUUGAGAAAAUAAAAACAUUUUUGAGUGUAUUUUCUGCGCAGAUAAGGUUAAAUCAUCAUACAGAUUGCAAUGCAGAACCUAGUAUAUUGAGUGUGUGCUGCUUAUAAAGAGCAGCACACACAUCAGUUGCUUCCUCCUAUGGAAGCUAUAGCUGAUUCUACAUUGAGUUCCUCUUCUCUAAUCACAUAUGGUCUUGUUAUUGAGUCCAAAACACAAGUAAAAGUCGUGAAAGUCACAGUGGAAAAUGACCAUCUCAGAAGAGCUCUAUUCUCUGAAGUGUUUUAGCAAUUACAAGGAUCAUUCCUUGACUUUGAGAAACACCCAUGGACUGACAACUGUCUACUCAAGGUUAGACUUUCUGUACCUGUUUGAAUGUCUAAUAGUUUGAGUGACAGCUGUCUGAACCAGUGUUUCUGAUGUUAUUCUGCUGUGGGGGAUAUUAACAUCUUUGAUAAUAUGUCAUUAUAACCAUAUUUAACCAUUUACCUAUGCAAAAAAAUAUACCAUUAAUAAACAAGAUA